GUUGAAGACCAUAGCAACAAACCGCCAUGUUUUUAUCCAAGUCGACGAGAAACGAAGCUACUUUACAGACAUUUAUACAUCGCAAAUCCUCGAUUUAAUAUGAAACAUAGGCACUUUUCAACAUUACUGAGCGUCGGCACAAUGCCUGACUUUUUCGGCGACUUGUAAAGGUUGUUCAGAGCAGAUUGUAGAGCCUCGGGUCAUCGUAGGUUGGCCCUAGGUCUUUGGAAAUCAUGGAGAAAGUGGAGGUGUUUGAAGUUAUGAAAGUGACGGAGGAGGUGGAGAGCUGCUACAACCAAGUGGAGGUGACUACCCCAAAAAAGAGGAAGAGCAAAGCUCAAGAAGACAAUGUUGAGAAACCUAAGAAACCUAGGUCUGCCUACCUGUUAUACUACUUUGAUGUUCACCAGAUUAUGCAACAGGAAAUCCCUAAUCUGCCACAGUCAGAGAUCAACAAGCGUAUCAGUGAGAGCUGGAAAAGGCUCAGCGUGGCUGAGAAAGCCUACUAUCUGGAGAAGGCCAAGUCUGAGAAGGAGGGUACAGACACAUCCUCUCACAGCCCCUCCAAAGACCUGCCAGGCUUCCGCAAAAUCCUCCCCAGAGCCAGUUACUUUGUGUUGUCUAAAGGCUGCCCCUCAAAUCAGCAGCUGGGUGGCUCUCAGCCAGAGGUGAGCAUGGAGACUCUGGACCCUCCAAUGGAGGGAGGCCUGCCUUCCGUCUCUCUCACCCACGAGUCCCAGUUCACACCUCUUGGGUUGGCUGAAGAGGUGGAACUUUCCGAGCAGCCCAUCAUUGUUGAUGACAUAGCAGAAGAAACAGCAGUGGCGUCUCAUCCCACGGACCCACAAGGAACCCCACCUUCCACUUCCUCUGUUUCAUCCAAAACCACGGCCUCCACAGACGCCAAUGUCUCACAAGGCUCUGCCAACCUUACAGCAGAGGCAGUCGUGCUGAAUGGAAAUGAGACAAGAGUUACUGGUAGUGGUUAUGGCGGGGUGACGGUGCAGCAGAUACAGCGGGAAACCACACAGGUGGUUGCCAUUAUACCCACCCAGAACCUGCUGGAGCCCAAGUCUUUGGCAGGCGUCAGCUCUGUGGGCCCAAUGAUGAUGGUCUCUGUAGGUGCCAGCAUAGAACAAAGUGCCAAACCUUCAUAUAAAAUGUCUGUGAAGACAUACACCCGGAGAGGUCGAGGGAGGUGUCUAAAUCCUGGUUGUUCAUUUGUGUAUGUCACCCGCCACAAGCCACCAACGUGCCCUGAAUGUGGGAGCCACUUGGGCGGAAAAUGGAUACCUGCUGCAAAGAAGACACAGGAGAAAGGAGCCACGUCCAAACCACAGAAAGCUGAAACCAAGCCUAAUGAAAGCUGCCAACCCACACCUCCCCCUGCUCGGGAGGGGAAGGCUGAUGUCAGUAAAACAAACACUACUGGGAGCCAAAAGGAAGGGCGAGUUCAACGGUGCUCCAGAAAGCAGCAUGCGGUUGUAGCUGGAAAGCCACUAGAUGGCAGCAGCACCAAGGAGCAAGAACAAACACACCAGUUGAAAGACAGUCUUAAGGACCCGACAGUGAGUCAAGACAGAAGCAUUGGCGCUGUUCAAAAGAGGCCUGUGAGACCCAUCCUUCCUGCCUACUAUAGCACAGGCCGUACUUUGUUCCAGAUCUUAACUGUCCCACCUGACAAAGGAAAACUUCAGAGUGCAACGAACAAUAAAUCAUCCACUGUGCCUCGAGAGAGUUUCUCAGGUCUCAAACCCAGCACUUUAAAGCAGCUUGGCCAGACCGUCCCUACAACCACAGCCAAGCAGGAUUCUUCAGUUCCAGCAGAUGGAAGCCAGCCUGUGUCUUCAGUGACUGACAGGAGAGUGAAUAUCCUGUCAUUUGUGCCUUUUAAACAACAAACCGUUUCCAGCUUUGAUUUGGGACUGUCUACAGCACGAGGAAGGGGUCGGUGCAAGAACCCGUCCUGUGACUACAUGUAUAAGAACAGACACAAACCUGCAGUGUGCCCUAAAUGUGGUUGUGAGCUGACCCAGAAGAACGCCAAGGGAGCAAAGCCUGGGACUCUGCUUGAUCCAUACCAGGCCCUGAGUCCUGCGCAGAAGGACAUCCAGCGGCAGAAUACCCUGCAGUUACUGCACCGUUCUCUGCAGAUUCCUGAGAGCGAGGCCGAGCUUCAGGAAACGCUGACCCUCAUCCAGGAGCUCAACAGUCUCCAGAUCGUUUUGGUUCAACCACAAGACCAAGAGCGUGAGGGCGGUGUAGAGACGGAGACGCUGGUCGAGUCUGGGUGGCCUCAGUUCUAUGAAUCAGCAGCUACUCACUGUGGACUGUGUAGCUACCCCCUCUUCAAAGGAGGUCAGAGUACUGUUGCAGGACAGGAGGACUGCUGGCUGCUUACUGAGACACUGAUCCAGACAGCAUCUCUCCAGCUCAAAGUGUGUCUCAAUGUUCAGUGUCUGGCUCUGCACAGCUUCACUGACCUGCAUCCAGGUUUGUUCAACAUUGGGAACAGACUGCUGGUUAGUAUCGACCUUUUCCUCAAGAUCAGGGCCAGUAUCAAACUGGGGCAUCCCCCCUCUCAGGUAGCCAGGACCAUACUAGACCACGUCCCGAACCACCCUGUCCAUGCCCUGAGUCCAGAGGAGUUGUCUCAAAUUCAGGAGCUUCUCCUGAGUGGCUACUGGGCCUUUGAGUGUCUGACAGUGCGUGAUUACAACGAUAUGAUCUGCGGCAUUUGUGGUGUUGCUCCCAAACUGGAGAUUGCACAGCGAUACACGAGCAACGUACUGGAGCUAAAGAACGUGGAGUUUACCUGGCCUGAGUUUUCAGUCUCCGAUGAGGUACAGGUGGAUGACUUUUGGCUGACCAUGGAGAGUGAGGCUAUCGAACAAGCAACUUUCCCCACUGACAUCCCUAUCACACGGGUAGAUGCUUCUAUCAUCGCACCCUUCAUUCCCCCACUGAUGAGGAGUCCCACUGUUAUCAACACAGAGAAGGACAAGGUCCUGUCACACACACCGCAGCCCUCAGGAGAUCCAUCAGUUUUGGUGCGUCUCAUUCAUGAUGGUCAGCUGAGACUCGACAAGAUUGAAGAUCACAGUGAGGACGAGCUGAGAACAAUACUGGACCGCUGCGGGGCGAGCAUCACCCCAGGCUCCACUAAGAAUGAGCUGCUGGCCUCCCUGAUCUCCUUGUACACACUUGUCCACAGUGGCCUCUCCACAGCCCCACAGCCCCCUGCACACUUUACUGCUGGCAAGCUGUCCAAGGUCUGCCCCCACAAGGUGAUGUGUGGCUCUAAGUGCUUGGUGAGAGGAGAGACGGCUCGAGACCACGUAGACCUACUCCUGUCCUCUCGCUACUGGCCCCCAGUCUAUGUUAGUGACUGUGCCCGUCAGGUGGCGCUCUGUGCUGACAUGCAGUACCCAGAACUAGCAACCCAAAUGUGGGGCAGGAACCAAGGCUGCUUCUCUGACCCUUUUGAAAAGCCAGAAUUUGUGUCGUGCGCUGAGCUACAAGACCAGCCGUACAGCGCUGACCUGUCGUUGGUAGCAGAGAACCAGCAGGUCCACCCCAUCACCAGAUCGUCUUGUUGCUGGCUGGUUUAUCCCCCUGAAGCAGCCCAGGAGCCUUCUGCUCUCCCUUCAGAGCACCACUCAAUGAUCCUUUGCAGAGAUCUGGAGCCCUAUGUCGACUUUAUGGCUGAGCUGGAGAAAGAGAGGGAAGAGGAGGAUACAGAGGAGGCAGAACAGAAAGAACAGACAGACAAAGCUGAGAAUGAGUCCACAGAGAAAGCGGUAAGCCGCGCGCUGCGGCAGCCUGUGGUUUUUAACAACACCGCGUAUUACUACCUUUACAACCGCCUGGUUGAUUUCCUCACCAGCAGAGACAUCGUGACCCAGCAGAUCAACCAAGUGGUGAAGGCCUGCCAACCUGGUGAGGUAGUGAUCAGGGAUGCUUUAUACCGACUGGGAGUGGCACAGAUCAACACAGAGAAAGAGGAAGAUGAAGGAAGUGGAAUGGAGGGACAGACACAAGAGGGAGGAACAGAGACAUAUGAGGUUGUACUUCCUGAAUAAAAAUAUUCAGGAUUGGACAAUUAGGAGGCAGACAGAGGGAUGGACUGAACGUAAAGCUAGCUGCAUGCAAAGACACAAAAGUGCAGAUAAUACGAGAGACUUGAGGAACAUGAAGAGAGAUGCAAGUGUCACCAGGAGGAUCCAAGAGUUUGGAAGCGAUACGGCGAUAAGCGCUAUAACCCCAAUGAGCGAGGAAGCAGAAAAAGCAAAGGAGAUGUCAGAGUUGGAGACUGCUUUACUCUUCAUCUGGAGGACUAGCCUGUACAACAGCACAUUCAAUCAGCUAAAAAUAGUUGUCAGGUUUUACUGAUGUGAGGAAGUAUGCUGAAUGUGGAUAAAGUGAGUUGGACCUUUUAUUAUAGGUAAUGAGAAAACAUGCAGAGUGGUCAGCAGUGUUUACUGUGAAGAAGCUAACAAAGAAAUAGAAUUUCAGAUUACAGGUUACAAGGUUAUCUUUGAACCAUCUUUAACUAUGGUACCAGUGAGUGUGACAGUAAAUAAAAGUCAGGAGGCUAGAGAUUGAAAUUACAUUUCUAAAAGAAUGUAACAAUCUUUUUUGUCCUUUUAUCAAUAGGGUGCCAAGAGUUAAAGGACCUGUUUGUAGGAUUCAGUGGCAUCUAGCACUGAAGUUGCAGCUUGCAACCAACUAAAUGCUGCUCGCCUCCCGAGCAUAAAGGAGAAACUACAGUGGCCGCAAAACGUACAGAAAUGCGAAAGGCCCUAUGGAGAGCCCAGGUCUGUUUUGUGCAUUCUGGGCUACCGUAGAAACAUGGCGGUUCAACAUUGUAGACUCUGUAGAGGAGGAUUGGCUCCCUCUGUAGAUAGAAACGGCUCAUUAUA